AUGCUAGGCACCUACGUCCUGCGCGAUGACCUCCACCUGGCGACUCCCCCACCCCAUCCCUCAGAAGCUCCGCCGCACAACCCGAACCCGCUGGCUACGGUUAUCCAGCCGCCGACGGCGGGCACCAAAGUCUCGCUAGCAGCAAUCGCGCCGCGGCAGCACUCGAACCCGCAGCUCUUCCGCCUCGACACCUUUGCGAGCUCGCGGUCACAAAUCCCGCCCAGCAUCCAAGAGGCGCCGAACGAGACACCCAGUUCCGGCGGCAACGGCGCGGCGCAGCGGCGAAGCAAUGGCCUAGGACCGUACAAGUCGAGCCAGGCGCCCGUGUUCGGAGAAGGCAAUCCCGCGCUCGCGGUGCCGAACGGGAAGGAGAGCAAAGAUCCCUCGAAGCGGCGGAAACCGAAGAACAACAUUGUCAAGAGCAACUCGAGCUUUGUGUCAAGGGUUAUACCGCACGAAACGCUGUCGAAGCGGUUGUCGGAGCGUACGCCUGAUGGGCUGUUCAUAUUUGCGAAUGUCAACAGGGCCUUACAGUGGCUGGACAUGUCGUCGGCGAACAAGGAGGACCAGUUGACGAAGAUUUUGUUCACGAAAGCGCAUCCACUGUGCCACGAUAUAAACCCUGUCACGAGAAGCGCGACGCAUAUGGACAUUAUCAUGGGUUUCUCGACGGGAGACAUCAUCUGGUACGAGCCCAUGUCGCAGAAAUACGCACGGCUCAACAAAAAUGGCGCAAUCAACGGAUCAGCAGUAUCGGAGAUCAAGUGGCUACCAAACUCCGAGAACCUCUUCCUCGCCGCGCACAUGGAUGGCUCACUAGUCGUAUACGACAAGGAGAAAGAGGACGCCGUCUUCACGCCCGAGGAAUCCGUUCAGUCAGAGAAGCCCUCAAGCGACCCCGGCCACCGCUUCUCCCUCCACAUCCGCAAGUCCGUUCAGUCCAAGAACCAAAAAACAAACCCCGUCUCCUACUGGAGCAUCUCGAGCCCGCAGAUCAACGCAUUCGCCUUCUCGCCAGACAGCAAACACCUAGCCGUCGUCUCUGAAGACGGAUCUUUACGCGUGAUCGACUACCUUAAGGAGCAACUCCUAGCCGUAUACAUGUCCUACUACGGCGGCCUGCUCUGCGUCUGCUGGUCCCCCGACGGCCGGUUCAUCGUCACAGGCGGCCAAGACGACCUGGUCAGCAUCUGGAGUCUCGAAGACAGCGUGCUCGUCGCGCGCUGCCAGGGCCACAACUCGUGGGUCACGGGCGUCGCGUUCGAUCCGUGGCGGUGCGAUGAGCGCAACUACAGAUUUGGCAGCGUCGGCGAGGAUUGUAGGUUGCUGCUGUGGGACUUUAGCGUUGGGAUGUUGCAUCGUCCGAGAGCGGCUUCGAUGCGACCCAGAGGAAGCGUGGCGUCGCAGCUUCCGCGCCUCAGGGCGGAGAGCACGACAGGCCGCGUACGGUCGAAUUCGAACCUCACGGCGCAGAGCAAUGGGGACAUCGUGCAUCCUGUUGAGCCGCGAGCGCGCACAGCGAUGCUGCCAGCGGUUUUGGCGAAACCCGUGGACGACCAUCCAUUGUCCUGGCUGGGAUUCGAGGAAGAUUGCAUUAUCACGGCUUGCAAAGAUGGCCACAUUCGAGUCUGGGACCGUCCCAAGGAAGGAGCGGCAGGCAGCGAAGGCACAGUCUCGACCUCUGCCAGCACAGCGAAUCUGUAG